AUGAAUAAUUUCUUCGCCUCCGUCAAGGAAGUCUACGGCCACCGCCACAAAGAAACCGCACCGCUGCUCAGCUUCGAGAGAAGAACACUUCUCAAGGAGAAGUCGCAGAUUCAGAAGAGCUGGGCUGAGUACUUCAGGACCGUCCUCAACCGCCCAUCCACAAUCUCCAAUGCCGCCCUCAAUCGUCUUCCCCAGCUGGAAACCAACACAUACAUGGAGCGUCUGCCCCACCUCCCAGAAACAACCAAAACUGUGCAACAGUUCUCCAGAGAGAAAGUACGGGGGUCCGACGCAAUCCCGGCCGAACUAUACAAGAAGGGCGGCCCCUGGCUGAUGGGAAGGCUUCCAAUGAUAUUCCGGAUGUGGUGUUGA